AAAUAAUAACACCAGAGGAGAAAGACGAAGUUCACGGAGUCGAGGACGAGGGCGUGGACGAAGAGGCGGUCGGUGGGAGAACGGAGGAAGAAGAGACGACCCUGGGAGAGGAGACUGGAACGAUCAGCAAGAAAGCGGGACAGGUGAAACUUGGGAAGGGGGCUGGGAUAAUAAUACGAAAAUUGAUACGACCUCUGAUUGACACGCCUUGGGGAGAAAGCGAUAGGGACGAGACUCCAGGCGCAGACCUGCCCAGCCCUCUCGAGGCGUUCGCCCCUAAAAACUUUGAUAAUGGUAAAGAACUGAACAUUGUAGAGCAGAACGUUAAUGAUGGGGAGUCGAGGCCCAGUAAAACGUCUGGACAAACAGCUGCGGAAAGGCAGAAAAAAGCCGACAAUGAUUGGAAAAAAGGUGCAACCUGGGAUUCUGAUAAAAGAAUUGAUGUCAACAAUGAUACAACUGGUGAAUGGGGUGAAGCUCCUAGUCAGAACGAGGGUGAAUAUCACGUGUCAUGUAGAAACUCUGAAUAUUGGACAUUGAAAUAA